CUUCAAAUCAUGAGCAGAUAAAGUUAUGCUUUCUUCAUCUACUGUUGUUCUGCCAAGGAAGCUUAGAUUCACCGAGGAGUUUGCAUUCAAAGGAAAUGAAGCUGUUGCACAACAUUCUAUAUCAAGCACCAAGAAGAACGAAGAUGUUCCCGGCAAAACAAAGCAGAAAGAGCAUGGAAGAAGGCAACAAUGGGCGGAAGGAGAUUAUUUUACAAUGGAUUAUCCCAGGGUAAGAAGACGGCGUCCCAUACAUAACAAAUCGUUGCCGGUUGGCCCUUGAAACCUUGCUCACUUCAUCACCUAACAAUACACAAGAACAAAGCUUUAAGGAC